GGGGAAGAGAGGGAGGAUGGGCCUGCAGGGAGGACUGGAGAGGGUUCUGACGCGGUGGCUUCAGUAAAGAUGGGGGAGGAGCAAGGAGCGUUACCAGCAGCACCAGCAGCACCAGCAGUGCUAUCCCUCAAGGCACGGGAGGAGGGCGUGGUGGCGGCAGUCCACGCGUUCAACGUCCUCCGCCUGGCCUUCCACGACACGCACCUCGCCACCGACACCUCCGCCUUCUGCGCGCCGGGGCUCCAAGCCGCCGUUGCCGCGGCCCGCUCCCCCCACUGGGAGGUGCGCAACGCGGCGGGGCUGUGCCUGGUGGCGCUGCUGCACCGCAUGUUGGGGUUCAAGAAUGUGGCGCGCGCGGGGCGGCCGUGGGGGAGGGAGGCGGUGGUGUGCCGGCAGACGGCGCGGCAGAGCAUGACGGCGUUUGAGUUCUUUCACCGCUAUCCCUCGCUGCAUGGCUUCUUCCUCACGCACCUCCAGGACGCCACCCUCGCCUUUCUGCCCGUUGCAAGCCUAACCCAACCCCCUUCCUGCACACCCACCACUGCUACCACUGUGACCACUGCGACCACUGCGACCACUGCGACCACUGUCGAUACCAUUGCCAACACCACACCUACCACUACCACCAACUCCUCCUCCUCCGCCUCCGCCUCCCCCCUCUCCCCCUCACAGCCCCUCCACCCGUCCCUCGCGCCCGCCCUCAUCCUCCUCUCGCGCCUCAAGCCCUCCACCCUCACCUCCCCCUCAGCCUCCGCCUACCUCUCCCCCGCCGCCUUCGUGCCGCCCGUCACGCUCUGCGCCGCCCACCCCCACAUGCACGUCCGAGAGCUCGCCGCCCGCGCGCUCGUGCCCAUUGUGGCGCCCACGGAAGUUUCUCGGAUGCUGCUGAUGCUGGCUUGCAGCUUGCCUGAGGAGAGGGGAGGGGCUGAGAGGGGGAGUGAGGGGGGUGAUGAGAAGCGCAGUGCGCGAGGGAGUGAUGAGGCAGAUGCGAGGAGAGAUGAGAAGGGAACUGAAAGUGAGAGCGAGAGCACGGGUGUGCGUAUGAGCUUCAACGCGGUGCACGGUGUGCUGCUGCAGAUGCGCCACCUGCUGGCCGCCUACUGGGCGUCAGGCACGGGGCAGCAGCAGCAGCAACAGGAGCAGGGAGGAACCAGAGCGUCAGCCGUGCUUGAGGUGCUGCUGGCGUUGCAGCAGCGCCAGUGGCUGGGCGACCCCCGUGUGUGCUGCUGCCAUGCGGUGGUGGCUGAAUACCUCACAGUCGCCCACCUCCUGCUCUCCUCCGCACUCCACUCCUCCCCUCCCCUCUCCUCCCUCCUCUCCUCUGCCCGCUCCUCCUCCUCCACCCCCCUCUCUUCCCCUCCCCUCUCCCCCCCCCUGCUCUCCUCCCCACCUCCCCUAACACCCGUCACGCACACAGUCGCUUCCUUCUUCCUGCCUCUCGCCCUGCGCGCCUUCUCCCUGCACCCCCCUGUGCGCUUCGCCAUGGUGGACCCCACGGCGCUCGCCCUCAGGCAGACCGCCGCCGCGCUGCUGCUCUCACCUGAGGCCGUCUGCUUGGCGGGCCGGGGCCUGUGGGAGGGCAUGGGUGGGGUUGAGGGUAUGUGGGGAGGAGCCGGUGAGGGGGAGGGGGGGGGUCUGUUGGGGAAAGCCGGUGAGGGGGAGCGUGGGGAGUGCGGCGGUGUGGGAGUGUUUUGGCGCGUGGUGCUGGCGGCCAUCUGUGACCCGUCUCGCGACGUGCAGCUGUCUGCGCUCCGCUCCCUCGCGCAUCUCCUCGCCUCGCCACACCUGCUCGCGCCACUGCUGCCACCACAUGUGAGCAGCACCAAUACCAGCAAUGGCGGUAAUGGUAGCAGCAGCAGCAGCAGCAGCAGCGGGGUGGGGGAGGUGCUACUGGCAGUGCUAACUGGGGUGCAGCAGGAGAGGAGCGCCCAUGGCAGGGACGAGAUGCGGUGCCGGCGCCAGCUCAAAGUGCUGCUGGCCGCCCUCUCACUGCCCGCCCUGCGGCCCCUCCUGCUGCCACUGCUGCCCCUCGCUCUGCUCCCAGGGGGAGCACCACUGGCGGGGCAAGCAGGGCAGACGCAGCAGCCAGUUGGCCCCUCCCAGGUGCCUGACAGCACUGUGUGCGGCCGUGCUGCACACUGCGCACCUGCCUCCCAUGUGAGAGGCCCUGCAGCGCUGUGGCGGGUGGUGCUGGAGAUAUUCGAGACGGCUCGUGUGCUCAAAACCAGAGAGGCCGCUCUCAGGUGCCUGGGGCACUGCUUCCGCCUGCUGCUGCUGGACCAUUCCCCGGACGAGGGGUUCCGGCAGCAGCAGCAGGAGCAGCAGGGAGUCUUAAAGCAGUCAAUGGAGCGAGAGUUGACUCAAGGAAACUUCUCCUUAGGCCAAGGGAAAGGGUCAGGAAACUUGCUACAGCUAGCUGCCACGUGGCUGCAGCUGAUUGGCGAGCAGAGCUCGGCGCACCGGCCUGUGAGUGUGCGCAGGGCAGCAGCCGAGGCUGUCGUUUCUUCAGGACUGCUGCUGGAUGCUGGGCGCGUGGGCGCGGUGCUGCGCGCUGACUGCGUGGAGGGAGGAGAGAGUGCGGUAGGAGGAGAGGAGGGAGAGAGGGGUGGAGUGAUGGAGUAUGCAUGUGUGGUGCUGCGAGCGUGGCUGACGGUGAUCCGAGUGAUGGAGGACGAGGAUGAGACGCUCAGGAAGACACUCGCUGCUGCCAUUCUCACCAUCACCACAACCGCCCCUGCUGCUCCUGCUGUCGGGACAAUUGCUGCUGAUAUGCCAGCGCCGGCACCCUCCUUUGUGCCGGCGCAGGUGGAGCGCGCAUUAGAGGCCGCCUUCGCCCAUCUGUCGCAGUGCUUCCGUGGGUGCCCGCCCUGCCUGCUACCCGCGCACCUCGCUGCGUGGAUCCUGCACCCCGACUUUGUGUCUCCCAAGGGCUUUCGCAGCCGGGCUGCGCUGGAGGACUUGGGAGGGGGCGGUGGGGUGCUGGGAGAGAAGGACGAGGAGGAGGUGCAAAGAGCUGUGGAGGGGGAGAGGGAGGGAGGGAAAACAGGAGCAGCCGCAGCAGCAGCAGCAGCAGCAAAGACAAGAGCAGCAGCAGCAGGGCCGGCAGUGCCAGGGUUUGUGCGGAAGCUGUUUGACCGCGAGGUGGAUAACCACCACGAGGAGCCACUGCUGCUGGCCCACCUCUGCUGCCUGCACCUGCACCGCGCCCUGCACCACUGCGCCCGCACUCCCGCACUCCUCGCCGCAUUGGCCACCUGGAAGCUGACCUUUGCAGGUCGGUUUUUCUCUGAGGCUGCCCAAGCUGCCCAGCUGUUUGAAACGAUGAGGUGGGUGGGCGGCCCCACGUUUCACCAGGAUUCUUUUUCUGCCCUGAUCCGGCCGCUGCUGGGCUUGUGGGCACUUAGCAAAUUGUCAUUUUCAGCAGCUGUGAGUGCCAAGCAUCUUCCACUGGGUUGGGGAAAUAAGGGAAUUGCACAGUUAGUGGAGCAAAGCUGUGAAAGCAACGGUGGGGAUGGGAGUGAAUGCGAGACAGCAGCAAGCUUGUCGCGUGCAACAGGCAAGGACAUACAGAGGACAUGGGAGCUGAUAAGGGCGGCAGCAGGGAAGCUGCAGGGGAUGCCUGUGAACCCCAUCCUUGCCAGCGUGCUGUCGGACGUGAUUCAAGCGAAUGGCGAUGAUGGGACUGGGGAGGGAGAUGGGGUGGGAGUGCGUUGGGAUAAGGAUGUCCUGUGGUGUGAUCCUCUAUUCCUCUUGCAUGCACAGUCGUAUGGCAUGUGAUGAGUUAUCACUAGAAAGAGGUGGCUUUUUUUAUAUAUUAUAUGAGCUAGUGGUAGAACUUGUGGAAAUCGGAAGACCAAAAUAUGUGCCGCAUUUUGUGCAUCGUGU